AAAAAUUGAAAUCGUGUAAAUAACGAUUUUCAGUCCAGAUAUCAGCUUAUUAUCAUCUUCCACGGCGGUAUAUAUAAAACCAUGAUCCUAGCUCCGGACUGGUAAUUAGUCUGAGAAACUAAAUCCGCCAGCAUGUUCAAUACUAUAAUAUUAUUCUCAGCAAUCGUUGUUGCAGUAUUGGGUGCCUGCGACAACCCAACUUCAGUAGCUGAUCUUGACAGGAAACAGUAUGCUGGAGAAUGGAUGGGACACGUAGCAGCUGGAAAUCCCAUUUUUCCAAUCAAUCCAUGCCUAACGCUAGAAAUUGGUGAAAAUGAUGCUGAUAAGGUCAAGCUAGGCUUCAAAACUGGCGAAGGUAAGGCCGUCAUCGAAGGGGAAGUAGUCAGCUCCUCAGGAGGAGAUUUUAAAACCGUUUUUGGCGGAAAAAAACUGUUAUAUAAAGUCUUGGCCACAGAUUAUAAAACUCAUGCAGUCAUAUAUAUGUGCGACGAAGAUACUGGAAAUGGCAAUAUUGCAGUUCAUAUGAGGUCUAGGUCGCCUGAUGCUACACUAUUGGAAGAAAAGUUGGCUGCUGCACAGAAAUUGCUGUCCAAACCUCUCAGCCCGCGAACAGAGUCGGAUCACAGCAAGUGCUAAGAUUCGUUUCACUUCCGAUAGUAGUAGUAGUAGCAGUAGUAGUAUUAGUAAGGAAAUCGAAGAAAUAUAAAAUCAAAUAAAUGCCUUCGUCAUAUUUAUUAUUUGAUUUAUGUAUUUCAUACUGCCUUUAUAUUCCGAUUUCCAAAAUAGACAGUCAUGAACUUUAAAUACGAUUUUUCAAUAAACUCCAACCCCUUACAUUUUA